AUGAAACCAGUAUAUAGAACAGUAAAAAAACUCCCAGAUGAGUCACUCACAUAUACAAAUUGCGUAUACGUCAACAGAGAACUCUAUGAAAAUCUCAGAGCAGAGUCCAUUAUGGCAUAUGCAACGAUAGAAGGAGUCGUAUUUUGUGCGAAAUUCCACGAACUGGCGACCGAUAAAGAUAUUUUCAUGAACAGCUGCGCACGAGAACUAAUCAAAGUAUCAGUAGGCCAAGGUGUAACAGUAUCUUCCGAGUCUAAUCAGUCAGGAAGCUCGAGAAAUUUUGAUAUUUCACCCAAAUACCCGGCUGCACAUCGCAUAAAGUUCAAUGUUUCAUAUUUUAGACAACAAAAUAAAGUGUGUAACCUGUAUUUGGAUUCGGGCGAUGAACACUCAUUUAACCUGGCAAUCAAAGCAAGACUGUGCUCUGAUACAGAAUUGGAGUUUGGUUAUAAAACAAUCGAAGGAACAGAACUGGAAAUACCAAAGAGCAAAAGCAUAUUUAAGCCGAAUUUCAAAUUUGAAGAACUAGGAAUUGGAGGUCUAGAUAACGAAUUUGCGGAUAUCUUCAGAAGAGCAUUUGCCUCAAGAAUAUAUCCACCGGAACUUCUUAAAGAACUUGGAAUUUCCCAUGUUAAAGGACUUUUACUCUAUGGACCGCCAGGAACAGGCAAAACAUUAAUCGCAAGGCAAAUUUCAAAGGCACUAAAUUGUACCAAACUCAAGACUGUGAAUGGGCCUGAGAUUAUGAGCCGUUUCUUUGGCCAGUCAGAAGAAAACGUUAGGAACUUGUUUUUGGAUGCAGAGAAUGAAUAUUCAAGAAUGGGAGAUCGAUCAGGACUCCAUAUAAUUAUAUUUGAUGAAAUCGACUCUAUCUGCCAGAGAAGAGGAUCAGAUACUUCAGGAACUGCAGCAAGAGAUAGUAUAGUAAACCAACUGCUCUCGAAAAUAGACGGAGUCGACUCAUUGAACAAUAUUCUGUUGAUUGGAAUGACGAACAGAUUGGAUAUGAUAGAUGAAGCCUUAUUGAGACCAGGAAGAUUUGAAGUACAUAUAGAAGUAGGAUUACCAGACGAGAAUGGAAGACAGCAAAUCCUUAAAAUACAUACGAGAGUAAUGAGGGAAUCUAAAAGGCUUUCAAAUGAUGUGGAUCUAGAUUAUGUGGUAAAACAAACUAAAAACUAUUCCGGAGCAGAACUUGAGGGUUUGGUCAAAUGUGCUGUAAGCUACGCAAUACAAAGACACGUUGAUGGUAGUGACUUGAGUAAACCAAAAAACAUUGAACAAAUCAUCGUUAAUCAAAACGAUUUCAAUUCAGCACUAUUGGAAGUUAAGCCAGCAUAUGGAGUAGAUUCGCUAAAUUUAAACACAUUCUCAAGACACGGAAUCAUACCCUUUGGAAAUAAAUUCCACCAGGUACUUGAAACCUGUAUAACCCUGGCAAAUCAAGUGUCAAAAUCAGAUAAAACUCCAGUACUCUCAGUUCUUUUACACGGACCAGUUGGAUCUGGAAAAUCAGCUCUGGCAGCGCAUGUAGCGUCAAUUGCAAGCUUUCCAUUCGUUAAAGUUAUAUCACCGGAAUCAUAUAUUGGAUUAUCAGAAUUGGCCAAGGUUAACGCUAUACAUAAAGCAUUUGAUGAUGCACAUAAAACACCACAGUCACUCAUCAUACUAGACAAUAUUGAAAGAUUAAUAGACUACUCACCUAUUGGCCCUAGAUUUAGUAACAAUAUACUCCAGUGUCUUCUAAUUCUAAUCAAAAAGGCUCCAGCACAUCAAAGAAGAAUUUUCGUGAUAGGAACCACCUCAGAAGAGGAGUUUAUGGAAAUGGCUAACGUAAAGGAAUCAUUUACUGUGUCAACCCAAGUUCCACUGGUUACAGGACCGAGUGAGAUUUUUCAAGCUCUGAGCGGAGUUAAGUUGCCAGAUCUCACUUUCAGCCACGACGAAAUAUACCUUGUUGCAAAUUCAGGGAAAGUGCCUGAAAUCGGAAUCAAACAUUUACUCCUGGCACUGGAAAUCGCAAUUCAGAAGACUUUGGAACUUGGUAAGUUUAAACACCCUGACAACUUAUUAGGAACAUCGUACAUAUCAAGCACUACAUUCCUCGAAAGCCUUGAAGCCUGCGGAUAUUUGUAA